GCACAUGUUGUGUCCGGAAGUCGUGCGCUGGGGAAAGCGUGGGGAAGACAGCUUGUAGAGGUUGAUUUAUAAUGUUUCAGAAUGUCGUCUCUUCUGAUAAAUGAAUUUUUAACGAAUUGCUCCAACACAUGUAUGGUUUUAGACUCCUUUCUCUGGCCGAUAGAAUCGUGGCCAGAUUUGGAGAGGGUUGAGGCAGUAACCAUCUUGUUGGACGCAGUUAAUGUGAGAUGCUCUGAUGAGAAUCGGGAUAAUUUUUCUGGCAAGGUGAGAGCUCUCUUGUGGGAGAGAUGUAUGCCGCUUCUAAGACAAAUUUCAGAAAAUGGUUCACAUAAAAACGAGUCCGGAAAUAAGACGCUUCACGCUCUUUGUCGCCUGCUUAGCAGCUGUCUAGCUCUUUUGCGUGACUCUGGGGAAGUAGAAAAACUGACUCUUAUCAUCUUACCAGUGUUUCAAAACUUGGAGGCGGAGGAUGGCACCCAAUGCAAAACACAGCUUGAUAUAGACGUAGCAGUAGAGGUUCUUACAAUUCUGCUACCUUCACUGACGUCUGACCCGGAGUUUAUAGUAAAGUUGACAUCAUGCAUUCUCGCAGCAGUGAGAAUCCUGUCGGAUGAACGGGUGUCCAAAAUCCUCGUUCGUGUUUUGUUUGGGCUUCUCAACUGUGUUAGUGACCGCAACAGAAGAGACAUCCUCCAUCGCAUAUUGUUUGAUAUUUGCAGCUGGCACCAAGGCGAAAAUAAUGCGACUGCAACAUCUCGGACAUUACUGUGCCUUACUGCCGUCUCAGACUACCUCUUUCCACCUAGAGAAAUGUCCUUACUACACGAUGACCAUCAUAACUACCUCCCAGACCCAAGAUGGUCACAAUCAUUUUGGCAAAUUAUUCAGUCAGGACUGACCCAUAGAGAUAACGUGGCACGCAAGCGAGCCCUUUACUUGUUGAAGAAAUGUGUCGCUCACUCCGAAGCAGAGAACAUGGAGUUCGCGUCUCUCGAAUCUUCAGACGGAGAUCUUAAGAGGCAUGUUUCUUCUGAAGAGAUGUGCUUUUUCAGAUGGACACCCAGCAAAAGUCAAGUACUGCAGCGAUUCUGGCAGGAUUAUGUAUUGGUGAUAGAGACUCUUGAGGAAAAUCAGAUUCAUGUGGUGCUUCCUGUACUAAACCGGGUAAACACACUGAUUGAAACAACAGCAAGUGACAACAAAGGUGCUGCCUUGGUGCACCCUUCGUGGUUGCUGUGCGUGUACCAGCGUAUGUUCCACAGCGAGAACAAGGCGGUGAUGAAGGAAGGAGUGUACCACCUGUUGGAGCUGCGGCUGCUGAAGUGUCCGGACAUCGCCCUGGCCUACUCCCAGUUCAUUGUUGGCCCUUUCAUGGAUGUCUUGUCUGAGAGCACUCUCUACCACAGGUCAACAAAUCAACUUAUUGGGGAAUGUCCUGAAGUUGGGCUGAAGCUUCAGGAGUUCUUUGUCAACUUCUUUGGCAGUUUACCCCAAGAGAACAAAGGACCGGUGCUUCUGCAGCUGGUGCAGCGGCUGGGAUCUCGGCACUGGUGUGCUGUCCCCCUCCUCUUCCUGUCCCAGGCCCUGGCUCGCCUCCCACCCUGCCCACUGCUAAACCCAGAGGGGCUGCUGGCACUCAGGGAGGUGCUGCGCUGCACGAUGAUCACUCACCAGGUUCUACUCAGAGGUGCUGCUCAGUGCUUCUUGCUCCACAGCGCCCUCUGCCUCACUGAUGUGCAAACAGUGACUCUAGAAGAGGCGUUUAGCUUCCUGGUUCACUUUCGUCCGGAUGAGUCUCUGUGCCGAGGAACUGCACUGUGGAAGGAGGUCUGUGACUGGCUAAUGAAUAAUGAAGACAAGUUCAGGUCCACCGUGGGGAAAUCAAGCACCGUGACACCACAGGAGGUCGAGCUGACCAGUGUAGCCACAGAGGAGGCCUCGGUGGAGGGCUACGUCCAGCGCCGACUGGAGGCUUUCCUCACUGUACCGGCCAGUGCAGAGCCUACAGACAGCCUGCCGGACGGUGGAGAGGCCGAUCUCCUGGCCCUCGCCAUCCUCCUCUGGGCGGACGUGGCGGAGAGCCGUGGUGGAGACGGGGGCAAUGUACAGGAGGCCCUGGAGCGCCUGCUGCUCCCCCUGGUGGACGUCCUGCGCCGGCUCAGCACCAGCCUCUACCUGCCGCUGCGCAAGAGUGACAAGAGCUUACAGCUACUGCUGCGCCUCCUCCAGCUGAGGAGGAGACGCACAGGCGCCGCGGGCCCAGAGUCUAGCGCAGGUGACGGUGUAGCGGCUGCUGUUUCAGCCCUAGCGCUGAGUGUGGUGGAGCCUGUUCAGACCUUCAUGGCCCGCAGGCUGAUUGGGGAGCUGCAGGAGGUGUGUGACAUAGAGCGGGCUGGGUUGUAUCUGGCCGUGCUCCGAGAGCUGUUGCAGGAGUUCAGCGGGGUGCCGUGGUACCGGGGCAACAUGCAACAGAGCUUCCUGCCUGGUGUCUGUGCAGGUAGCCUUCGGAUCCUCAGCGAACCCGCCGAGCAGGCUCCCUCGGUCCAUGGGCAGGUGCAGAAGGCUGUGGCCAUGUCAGUGUUGUCUCUGCUGUGUGAGGUGACUGCAAGCGAAGCGUUUCAUGGCAGCGUUUCUCUCGACUCCUUUAGAGACUACUUCUACCUCCCUGAGCACCUCAACCAGGCCCUACUAAAGCCCACGGCCACAGCCAGUGAUAUUGAUGACAGUCCCCUGCUUCGAGACUGGGGCCGUGUUGCUGCCCAGUUCAUCUGUGACCAGUGGGCCUGCCUGAGCGUCCUGCAGCGGGCUGCUGGCCCCCUGAGAUUUCCAGAGGCCCCAGGGCUCCGUGUGGCCCUGCAGGCUGCAGUGGAGGCGCUCGCGUUGCUGCCCAGUAACCUGGUGCUGCCCGUGCUGGACUUCAUGGCCCUUCUGCUGCCACAGAUGGUGCUGUGUGAAGAGUCUCUCUGUGCAGAGGCGGUGGCUCUCAGCUGGAAGGUGUUGCAGGGGUUGAGCGGUAACGCUAAUGACUUCUGGCCAGCGCUGCAGGCGUUCGUACGGCUGGCCUUCCACAGGACCGCCCUGGAGCUGACCCCAGAACAGGCACCCACGCUGACCAGCACCAUACAGCAGAUCGGCUGUGAGCUGAUGGAGCUGUCAGAGGUCAAGUCUGGCGUGUUUAACACGCUCAUCAGCCACUGCUGCCACACCUGGCUGCCCUCCAACUCAGGAAGUGCACCUGGGGAUGACACCUGCCUCUCCAGCACCCUGACGCACCUAGACAUCCUGACAGAGGCGUGUCUGCAUGGGCCUGUGUUCCGCAGAGACCAGAGGCUGAUCCAGGAAGUCCAGGUUUAUGUGGAGCAGCUUGGGGACCAGUGUGCUGCCAACAUGGUCAUCACCAGUGACAACAGGGACGAGCAGUUUCCACGUGUUUCUGCACUUGCCUUCCUCAGCCACCUGCAACCAUCCAGUGAGCUCCAGCACACACUCAUGGAGAAGCUGGUGCUGCAGUUAGUGGAGAAGGAUAGAGGAAUAUCCAAAUCUAAAGCGCGGUACUAUAGCAACUCCUUGCAGCACCGCAUAAGGAACAGGGUGUGGCAGACCCUGUUGUUUCUGCUGCCCAAACUGAGAAGGGAGUUUGUUGUGGGGACGUUACUGGGCUACGCCUUUGAGGCCGGCUUCAGCAGUAACCAGGCCUCAGUGAAGUACCUGAUCGAGUGGGCCAUGCUGCUCAUGCUCUACCACAACCCUUCACACAUGGACCAGUUCUGGGCCUGCUUUAGUGGUGACCAAGAGAAGACUAAGACUAGUAUCUGCACCUUUCUGUCUGUGCUGGUGCACUUGGACAUGCUGCUGCCCACACUGAAGGACAAGACGGGACAGUGGCGCAAAGCCCUUGAGGUGAUCCUGCAGUGGUGUUUUAGCCAUAACUUCAGCGUGCGUCUGUAUGCGCUUCUGGCCCUGAAGAGGGUCUGGGGCCUAGAGGGGCCACGGGCCGCGGCUGAGGAGGCGCUGGGUGGAGCGGACGCUCUCGGGGGGCUGGCCACAGUCAUCCAGGCCUGUCUGAACCAGGCUGAGGCCAUGCAGAACACCGGAAAUGCCAUGAAAAACUGGGUUAGGAUACAGGAGCAUUUCUUCUUCAGUGUAUUUGACCCACUGAUAGACUAUAGUGUAGAGACCAUCUUCUAUGCAUUCCCCCACUUGUCUGAACUGGCAGAUGACGAAUGGAUACCUCCUUGGAAGUUUGAGAAGAUGGUGGUGUUCUCAGCGAACUCAUCGCUCCCUGUGAGGAACCCAGUGGCAGAUCUUAGCCAGAUGCAGCCGGGUGAUUGGAUCCAGCAGGACAAAGGAGAGCUGGAGCAGGAGGAGCGCUGGGCAGAGGUGCAGAAGAAGAUCACCGCCUGGAGGCUGAGCUUUCAGGACCAGGAGCCACAGCUGGCAGCCCAGCAGAGGGCGCUGCGCCUGGGCAAACUCACCAGUGCCCUCCUGGUGGUCGCCUCGCUCAUCGACAAGCCCACCAACCUUGGAGGGUUGUGUCGCACCUGCGAGAUCUUUGGGGCCAGUGGUCUAGUACUGGAUAGCCUCCGCCACGUCAGCGACAAGCAGUUCCAGGCACUGAGCGUCUCCUCAGAACUGUGGCUCCCGCUGAUGGAGGUGAAACCGGUCGACUUGUCAGGCUUCCUGCAGGGGAAGAAGGCGGAAGGCUACUGCAUUGUUGGAGUGGAACAGACGGCCAACAGCCAGAGCCUGCAGGACUACAGGUUCCCUGAGAAGAGCCUCCUGCUCCUGGGAAAUGAGAGGGAAGGCAUCCCGGCAAACCUGCUGCAGCUGCUGGACGUGUGUGUGGAAAUCCCACAGCGGGGUAUCACGCGCUCGCUCAACGUGCACGUGAGCGCCGCCCUGCUGGUCUGGGAAUACACGCGCCAGCACAUCCCCCCCAGCAACUGACCCUGGACCCCAGUGACCCUGCUUUACC